UGCUAAGAACUGAUUUUUGCUCCGAUUUUCAUUUGAUUCAUAGGUUUAUAUAUGCCUUCCGUAACAGCCAAGUCUCGGCGAUUCUUCACGCAACUUCUGGAGUCGACAAAGCAGAAGAACCUCCGCAAAGGACAGGCCGUACACGCUCAAAUCGUCCAGAGUAGUCGGUCUCCGUGCGUCUACUUAGCCAACAGCCUCGUCAACCUCUACGCCAACUGCGGCGACUUAACCAAAGCCGAGCUCGCUUUCGACAGCUCCGAGCGAAAAGACGUCGUCUCAUGGAACUGCCUCAUCAAUGCCUUCUCUCAAAACGCGCCGUCGUGUUCCUCGCCGGUGAGGAAGCUUCUGAAGCGGAUGAGGGAGGAGAACACCAUGCCCGACGCCUACACUUUCGCUGCGGUUUUCGCUGCCGUUGACGACGACGUCGUUUUCUGCCGACAAGCGCACGCGCUGGCGAUCAAGACGGAUUGUUUUAAGGACGUGUUUGUCGGGAGCUCGCUUGUGAGUUUGUACUGCAAGUUGAGCCUUUUGUCGGAUGCGCGCACGUUGUUUGAUGAAAUGCCGGAGAGAAAUUCCGUCUCGUGGGCGACUAUGAUUUCCGGGUAUGGAAAGGCUAGGAUGGAAAGAGAGGCUUUGGGGGUCUUUCGAGCGAUGAGGAGAGAGGAAAAGGGGUGUGAUAAUGAGUUUUGUUUCACUGGUGUUCUUAGUGCUUUGAGGGUUCCUGAAGUUUUGGAUUGUGGGAAGCAAAUUCAUUGUCUUGCGGUGAAGAAGGGGUUGUUAUGUUUUGUUGCUGUUGGGAAUGCUUUGGUUACAAUGUAUGGAAAAUGUGGGAGUUUGGAUGAUGCAUUGAAAAUGUUUCUGAUAUUGGAUGACAAGAACUCUAUUACGUGGUCUGCUAUGGUAAAUGGCUUUGCACAAAGUGGGGAUUGUGAAAAGGCUUUGAGAUUGUUUUGUACAAUGCAUGUUUGUGGGGUUACUCCUAGUGAGUUCACUUUUGUCGGGGUGAUUAAUUCUUGUGGCAAUAUUGGUGCAAUUGAAGUAGGGAGACAAUUACACGGCUAUUCGUAUAAGUUGGGAUUCGAGUCGCAAAUGUAUGUGAUGACGGCUUUGGUCGACAUGUACGCGAAAUGCGGUGGCAUUGGUGAUGCUCGGAAGGGGUUUGAUUAUUUGAAACAUCCUGAUCUUGUUUCUUGGACUUCUAUAAUUGGAGGGUAUGUGAUGAAUGGAGAGAAUGAAGAGGCAUUGAGUUUGUACUGUAGAAUGCAAAUGAAGGGAAUCGUGCCUAAUGAACUGACCAUGGCAAGCGUCCUGAAAGCGUGUGCGAACCUGGCUGCAUUGGAACAAGGAAAGCAAAUCCACGCCCGUGCGAUUAAGUACGGGUUCAGUCUUGAAAUCCCAAUUGGAAGCGCGCUUUCUACAAUGUAUGCAAAGUGUGGGAGCUUGGAAGAUGGUGACUUGGUUUUUAGAAGAAUGCCAACAAGGGAUGUAAUAUCUUGGAAUGCAAUGAUAUCCGGGCUUUCUCACAAUGGGCUUGGUAACGAGGCAUUUCAACUCUUUGAGGAGAUGCUAUUGGAAGGCACAAAACCGGAUGCCAUAACAUUUUUGAAUGUGCUCUCGGCUUGCAGCCACUUUGGGUUGGUAGACAGAGGUCGGUCCUAUUUUGAUAUGAUGAUUCAUGAUUUUGGAAUAGCGCUGAAGGUAGAGCACUAUGCUUGCAUGGUAGAUGUGCUAAGUCGGGCUGGGAAACUGAGAGAAGCCAAAGAGUUUAUAGAAUCCGCAACCAUCGAUCACGGCAUGUGUUUAUGGAGAAUUCUUCUAAGUGCUUGUCGAAACCAUCGAGAGUACAAAUUGGGGGCCUAUGCUGGAGAGAAACUAAUGGAGUUGGGAUCACGAGAAUCGUCGGCUUAUGUUCUGUUGUCGAGUAUCUACACUGCAUUGGGCAGGAAAAAAGAUGUCGAACGGGUUCGGAGGAUGAUGAAACUCCGAGGGGUGAGUAAGGAGCCUGGGUGUAGCUGGAUUGAGUUGAAGAGUGGAGUUCAUGUGUUUGUCGUUGGGGAUGAGUUGCACCCACAGAUUGGAGAUAUACGUUUGGAGAUACGAAGGUUAAGUAAGCACAUGAAGGGUGAAGGUUAUUUGCCUACAUCUGAAUUUGCCCCUACAAAUUCUAGCACUUUAUUACAUGAUAAGUGCCCCAUUGGGGCUAUGCAUUGAUUUAUUCCAUUCUUUGGCCAAUGUGGCUUAUUCCACCAUUUGGACGGAAAUUUUCUUUUUUCUUUGCUCAUGAAGUUUGAGGAAUACUAAUACAAGAGAAGUUUGCUGAUUCGAGUUUUUAAUUCGAGU